AUGAAAAACCCUCAUGUUCUGCUUAUUCCAUUUCCAGCACAAGGCCAUGUGCUUCCCUUAAUGGAAGUUGCACUCCAUUUAGUAAAGUAUGGCUUCAAAAUCACAUUUGUAAACUCUGAGUUCAUUCAUGAACGAGUUAUCAAAUCAAUGCCAGAGACAGACAGCGUACGAGAACUCAUAAGAAUGGUUUCGUUACCUGACGGAUUAGAAUCCUCCGAUGACAGAAGUGAUAUGGAAAAAACGUGGGCAUCAAUUAUUAGGGUCAUGCCGGGAGAGCUAGAGGAUCUUAUUGAACGGAUCAAUGGUUCGGAAAGUGACAAAAUCAGUUGUAUAAUUGCCGAUGCAAACAUGGGUUGGGCUAUGGAGGUUGCAGAGAAAAUGGGAAUCAAGAAAGUAGCUUUCUGGCCAGCAGCAGCAGCGUUAUUCGCUCUGCUCUUCAAAAUUCCGAGCCUCAUUGACAAAGGAAUCAUAGACAGUGAAGGAACACCAAUGAAAAACCAGAUAAUUCAGCUCUCACAAGCGAUGCCUCCCAUGAAGACUGUAGACUUCUUUUGGAAUUGUUUAGGCGAUGAAGUGCAACAGAAAAUCUUCUUCAAACUCUUGUUUGAAAAUAUGCAGUCAGUUAAAUCGGCAGACAGGUUAAUUUGCAACUCAUCUAAUUGGUUGGAGCCUGGGACAUUUGCUUCAUUUCCAGACUUUUUACCCAUAGGACCUCUUCUGGCAAGUAACGGGCUUGGAAAAUCAGCUGGCAACUUCUGGCAACAAGACUCAGCUUGCCUCUCGUGGCUUGAUCAACAACCACGUAAUUCUGUCAUAUAUGUUGCAUUUGGAAGUUCGACAGUAUUUGAUCAGAAUCAAUUCAAAGAACUUGCUCUCAGCCUUGAACUCACCAAAAGACCAUUCCUGUGGGUCGUGCGAGAAAACACAACUGAAGACGUCGACAAUGCAUACCCAAUUGGGUUCCACGAAAGAGUGCACAAUUGGGGGCGGGUGGUGGCUUGGGCACCGCAGCAAAACGUACUAUCCCAUCCUUCUGUUGCCUGUUUCAUUAGCCAUUGCGGUUGGAAUUCCACCGUCGAAGGCAUAAGCAAUGGAGUCCCUUUUCUGUGUUGGCCAUACUUGUCGGAUCAACCAUUUAAUCAGAGCUACAUUUGUGACUGUUUGAAGAUUGGAUUGAAAUUGAAUAAAGAUGACAGUGGAAUUAUUAGGCAUGAAGAGAUUAGUAACAAAUUAGAACAACUUUUGGGUGAUGAAAGAUUUAAAGAAUUGGCAUCGAAUCUUCAAUCAAAUGUCCUAAACAGCGUUCGAGAAGGAGGGAGCUCUUAUAAUAACUUCAAGGAUUUCGUAGCAUGGAUUAAGGAUUGA